AUGGAUCCAUCGGAUCCCAAUUUUGAUCCGUUGCGGUUGUUACAAUGCGAAGAUGCUGGUGUUCCAUUGUCUUACAAGUGCUUUGACUCUAUUGACGAGUGGGAAGAGGACUGUAAACACAGAUACAAGGAAUUGGCAACGCAACUAAAGGUAUUUUUAUACUGUUUCUAAAGGUAUUUUUGCACUUUUCUAUUAGAAUUAUGACUUGGGCCUUGAAAAGAGUCUUCGUCCAGUGGCUAUGGGAAUAAACGCCAGGAUCCGGAAGAUGAGGACCGAAAAUAAGAAGAAUAUUGUAAAGGAGUGGGAGAACCGGUUACUGUAAGUAGUCUAAAAAUUAAUCAUUAUUUUUGUUACAGCGGCAGAGGGGUUGUCCAUAUUCUUAAUGUUGGAUUUGCCUGUAACUUCCGUAAAGCCCAUGAAAAGAUAUUAAUCUGGAUGAAGGACCAGGCACGAGUUUCAAUAAAGUUGUCACCGCAAGGGAAGAACACCACCUUCAAUCGUCUGAUACAGGUAAGAGUGAAUUGUCUUGUAAUCAAAUAAUCUAGGGAGUAAUUAUCAGCUUUGAUGCCUCCUGGAAUCUAUUAUUGAGAGAUGUUGACGAAGUUUACCGACCCGAGAGUGGAUCUCCUAUUUCCAGGCCGAAUGAGACAGCUUAUAAGAACUUGGGCAACGGCCUCUAUCGACGUUCUUUGGGAUGCUUUUUGGUGGUGGGAAAGCAAAUCGUGUGUAUAUAUGUUCCUUGA